AUGGAGGACAAGUACGGGAUAUUCCAUCUCGUGGGCGCAGUUCACACCACAUCACCAUACACUGCCAUAGCAGCGGACCUGACCCGGCUGUAUGAUAUCAACAGCCUUGAGCUGCCGCCGUCUAUGGAAGGGAGGGGAUAUAUGACCGGAUUCGGGUUCCUGUCCGCGCAGCGGUACUUCUCGACCACGGUCCGCAUACUUCACUUCGGGAUCCCUGAAACAAAUAUCAAAGCCAUUGCUAUGACAGAAGUCCGUUCCGCUUGGUUUUCGCAAAGGCAAAUUUACAUGGUCAUUGGCAGCUCUCUCCGGAAAAUGCUGCUCGAAGCCCGCGAUGCUGUACCCAGGCCAUCUCUGCCUCCCCUGCAACAAGCCGAGUCGGCUCAUCGCCUCAUCUCCACACGCCCUCGCGUUGUUAGGGACUCCGCUGCUGGCUCUGACCCCCGUGUCUCACCAAGGGCACCUCGACGCCCUGCUCGUGUCGCCACAGGUGUUUCAUCCGGUUCGAGGACAGGGCCUCAAAGGACUAGACCUGGACGUCGUUCGCGCUAUCGACACGAAAGGACACAAAGGAGCACCUAUUCCAACUUUGAGCAAGUUGGCAGAAGCUCUAUGCACCGUGCUGUCUUGCACCCGAAUUAUUCAACAUCUACCCAGUUCACUCCUACCUUGCCGCAACAGCAUGGCUCCCAACCAUCAGCGUCGCUAUCUCGAGCAAGAUUGCAGUCACCUCCUCCUCUAAUUCUUUCAUCCGACACCAGCAGUAUGUCGGACCAGUUCCCAGCUAUCUUAGACGCUGGGGCUAUCAUAGCACAACCACCAAGCAUCGAGGACUUCAUCAUUCUCAACAGAGUAGCCUCCGAUGCUCACGAUCUUCAUGAAUAUCAGGAAUGA